CGCACGGUUUGCCUUACACAAGUUCGCAAGAGACUUUGUUGCCUGAUGAAACUUGUGUGUUUGUGUGCUUGUGUGGUAACAAGGCCCCACCUGUAAGCGCGCUUCAAAUGGGUACAUCACUAUUGCCUCUCGGAUGGCGUUGCCAAACAUGCGAAGGUUGCUCAUGCCGCCGGGGGAGCAGAUUGGUUGCAUACGCUCGCAAGCAAGCGAAACGAAACAACAGACAACAGACAAAUCAACCUGCCGAUCGACCAGAUACCACCAAGCCGCGCAUCGCCAUAGAAGCUCUGGAACAGGAUCUCCCUCAGGCGCCUUCACCUAGCAGCCGUCCUCGCCGACAACAAGAAGCUCUAUCGCCCGGGGAAAUCUACCCCGUAUUCGCGCCCAAACCGGGGUCCCUGGUUGCCUCCGACGCUCCUUGGCGCUGGGAUGACGAAGAUGAGGACCGGCGGGGGGCCCAAGCGGACGACGCCACCACCAGCGGGACAUCCGACGUGCCCCGAUGGAACCCGCGCACUGGCUUCAUGCGGACGGCUUCGGAGGUGCAGGCAGAAGCUGCCGCCGCCGCGGGGGCCGCGGGGGCUAAUAGUACGGCAGGUACGCAAGCAGAGCCGGCGGCGCCGGCGUUAGCCGCCGCAUUGAAACCGGACCCGUCGUCGCAGCCGCCGCUGCUUCCUGCAGUCUCUCGUAAUGCCGUACUAAGCAGCGCGUUGGGUACGGGAUUUUGGAUGGCGAUUCUGGCGGUGUUUGUCCGCAACUACGCCUCGCUCAACAGCGCGGCGACCAUGGGAACCGACCCGGCGGCGGUGGAGGCUCUCCUCAGGUGGCCAGCGGGACUGGAGUCCCUGACGGAUGUGGCCGUGGCGGCGGGGGCGGCGGCGGCGGUGACGGGGGCGCGGCUUGCACUGCUGGCGGUGUGGAGUGACUUGCGUGAGGCGACGGACCGAUCCAACCAGCAGGUGCUGACCCCCCUGGGCUCCUUUGACAUCCUGCUGGUAGCGGCCGCCAGUGGCAUACCUGAGGAGCUGCUGUUCCGCGGCGCUCUCCUGCCCGCCACCUUCCCUGACUGGCGGGGUCUGCUGCUGUCAGCGGCCCUGUUCGGGGUCCUGCACAACACAGGCGGCCGCAACCCCGCAUUCGCCGCCUGGGCGGCCGCCGUCGGGGCGCUGUACGGCGGUGCGUUCCUGGUGACGGGCAACGUCUGGGUGCCGGCGCUGGCGCACGCGGCGGCCAACGCCGCUUCGGCCUUCAUCUGGAAGGCGAAUAGGGCGAAGUAG